UAGCUCGAUCACUAAGCAAACAAGAAUCUCCUCCUUCGCUCGAGGAGCAGCAGCAGCAAGGAAUCCUUCUUUCCAGACUGCCUGAUUCAAGCAUCCGUCAGUAGAGGAUCCAUGGCUAUGGAGAGGUUCUUCACGGCGCUCGUCUUCUGCGAGGCACCGCUGGACGGCUACGGCACGUCGGUGCUCACCGCCGGCACGGUCAAAAGGCUGGUCUCGGGUGGUGGUGACGCGACGAAGCCGUUGGUGGCUAUCAAGCCGGACGCUGAGAAGGGGCAGGGUUUCUUCACUGGCAAGCAGAUGGCGCAGCGGCGUGCUGGGUUCGAGCUCGCGUUCGACGGCCUCAAUUGCUUUGACACCGUCGUCAUGCACUGAGCAUGUCAUUGUCAUGUCGCUUUCUUGAUUUUAAUCUGUAUAGAACUUGGAUCAGUUAGAAUGUUUGAGACGUUGGUGGGGUUGUGAUGUUUCGUUCAUUCUAGUCUAGUAUUUGACCGGUGCACAAGCUUGUUUACAAACGAAAGGAAUUUAAAGGGGACAUCUCCUAGUAUCAUUUUA